GUGUCCACCAACAUUGCGGAGACGAGCCUGACGGUGGACGGCAUUAUCUAUGUGGUGGAUACCGGGUAUGUGAAGAUGAAGGUGUACAACCCAAAGAUGGGCAUGGACGCGCUGCAGGUGUUCCCCGAGUCACAGGCAGCCGCCAACCAGCGGUCGGGGCGCGCGGGGCGCACCGGCCCCGGCACCUGCUGGCGCCUCUUCACCGGUGGGUGGCGCCGUGUCGGGGCGCAGAUGGGGUGCAGCAACGAGGUUCUGACGGUGGUCAGCAUGCUCAGCGUGCCCUCCGUCUUCUUCCGCCCGCCAGACAGGGCGGAGGAGAGCGACGCGGCUCGCGAGAAGUUCUUUGUGCCGGAGAGCGACCACCUGACGCUGCUGCACGUGUACCAGCAGUGGAAGACGAACGGGUACCGCGCCGACUGGUGCAGUCAGCACUUUUUGCAGCACAAGGGCCUGAAGAAGGCCAAGGAAGUCAGGACGCAGCUGCUGGACAUCAUGCAGCAGCACAAGGUGCCCGUCAUUUCCUGCGGUACCGACUGGGACACCGUGCGCAAGUGCGUCACUGCGGUGGAGCCUGAGUGGCUGGCGGAGCUGGGCCCCAUGUUCUUCUCUAUCAAGGAGACCCACACCUCCCGCCUGGAGCAGCGCCAGAAGGAGCGGGACGCCCGCAGCAAGAUGGAGCUGGAGAUGACAAAGGUGCAGGUGGAGAAGCAGGCGGCGGCGGCGCAGGAGGCGGCCAAGGAGGAGGCUGUGCGGGAGCGGCAGCGCACUUCCAUCGCCAUGACAGGCUCCUCACGCCCGGCCACCGGCAGCCGGCGCAGGUUUGGGCUGUGA